UCCAAAUAAACCCCGAGCCGAGACUGGGAUUACCAGAGAGAGCAGCCGCCGGUGAGAAGGAAGCUCAUCUUUUCUCUCCAAAAAUGGCGACAGCCGUCGUAAUCCACGAGGCCGCACAAAAGGUUUUUACACCAGAAACACUUCGCUCCGCAGCCAAACAGUCUAUGGGUUGCCUCGUCGUACCCGUUCGUCUCCGCCGAGCCAUCAAAAAGUACAUCCGAGAGCAAGAGCAGCCUCAUAUGAAGAGAAAGGUACUGAGCUUAUCUCAAUCAUUGAAUGAAAUCAAGGGCGUGAAUCUGCAGCUAACGGCUGCAACUUCGAAGGAGCUCUUUGAUGACCCUUUGAAAUCUGUGGAUCAAUCGAAGCGGUGGAAGAUUCAGAGCUCUUAUGGCGACAUUGGUCUCAUGUACAGAGACGACGAGACCAUCGCCUAUGUUGCUUCACGUAUGCCCGCUGUGUUCUCGGCCUGUCAUAGAGUUCUCAAGGAGGUUCGUAGAAGGCUACCUGGUUUCUCUCCAUCUACCGUUUUGGAUUUUGGUGCUGGCACGGGUUCUGCCUUCUGGGCGCUAAGAGAAGUCUGGCCACAGUCCUUGGAGAAAGUUAAUUUAAUAGAGCCAUCUCAAUCAAUGCAGCGUGCAGGCCGGAGCCUCAUUCAAGGUUUGAAGAACUUGCCACUUAUUCAUAGUUAUGAAAGCAUUGAAGCUCUUACCAAAAACAUUAAAAAGUCGGAAAGGAAACACGACAUUGUCAUUGCAUCAUAUGUGCUUGGAGAGAUUCCAUCUCUGAAGGACCGAAUAACUACAGUACGCCAGCUGUGGGAUCUUACACAAGAUGUUCUGGUUUUGGUUGAACCUGGAACACCACAAGGCUCUAGUAUCAUUUCUCAGAUGAGAUCACAUAUUUUAUGGAUGGAGAAAAGGAAAUUAAGGAAAUUAAAAGUUGGAACCAAUGAAACUUCAAAGGACUUGGCGGCUAAUGCUCAAAAAAGUGGUGCAUUUAUAGUUGCUCCUUGUGCUCAUGAUGGGACAUGCCCAUUGGAGAAUGGCGGAACGUACUGUCAUUUUGUUCAGCGCUUGGAGAGGACAUCGAUUCAACGUAUAUACAAGCGUUCCAAGGGUAAGCCUUUGCGUGGCUUUGAAGAUGAGAAGUUCUCUUAUGUUGUUUUCAGGAGAGGACAACGACCAAAGGAAGCUUGGCCUCUUGAGGGUAUGAAAUUUGAUACAUUGAAGGAGCAGCAUGCUAAAAGAAACCCAGAAGAUUUAGAAAUCGACUACGAGGAUCUAGUUAAACAGCAGCAACAACAACAACAAGAUAUGGUUCUGUACGAGGAACCUGAUCCUGUUACCUACGAUUCUGAUGUGAUGGAAACAACUGAUGUUGACGAAAUCAACGAUGUAGAGGAGGAAGAAGAAGAAGAAGAAGCCACACCUGCUGAUCUCGGUGGUGGUUGGGGUAGGAUAAUCUUUUCACCUAUUCGAAGGGGCAAGCAAGUCACGAUGAACAUUUGUCGAUCAACCAAACCAGACGGCUCAGAAGGUGCAUAUGACCGAGUGAUUGUCACCAAGAGUAAGAACCCCACAUUACAUCAUCAGGCUCGAAGAUCUCUUUGGGGAGACUUGUGGCCAUUCUAAAUUUUGAAAUCAACUUGAUACAGGCAUUUCCCUUGUAAUUAUUCAUGUUGUAUUUAGUGCUGAUUUUUUCAUUUGUUCUCAUUAUAAUUUAGACUACCUUUCUUUCUUA